AUGACGUUCGUUCCGUUGGCCUUCUUCGCGCUGAGCACCAUCGCGAGUGUGACAUACAAGCUACUCAACAGCCACAAGCUGGACCCGGCUAAACGACGAGCGAUUAUCACGGCACACGCUUUCGUCAUCGAGGCAAUACAGAUCGCGCUGCUGGUCACCUGGGUCGUUAUUACGGUGUUCAUCAUUGUGGGCGCAUCUCCACAGCUUCGGCUCAUUGCAGCAUCUGCGACCAUGUCACCAAGCCUGGCAAUAUUCACGACCACAACGACAUACGCUUUGGUGAUUUGGGCCACCGAUAACAUGGACAACCUGAUCCAAUUGCAUACAUGGCAUCAUCCGAUACAAUCGCAAACUUUGAUCCUCAGCAGAAGCAUCUUACUACCACGGACUGUGCUGCGUAAAGCGAAUGGACCACGAAAGACAACUAUCGUGCGCAGAAGGCGAGCCAUGAGUGCACCAGCUACGCCGACCGUCGCACACAUCGUGUCACGGCAUCCACCUCGACGGACAUCCACCAUAGAACCUGGCUCCGUUGCAAAGCUAGUGUCUACGUUUGAGGAGGUCCUCAGCUGCACAGUUGCACUAUCCCGUCUCGAAGAGUGGACUCCGAGUGCAAUCUAUGAGUUGGAGGGCUGUUCUGUGGGAGGCGAUACUGAUGAGGCAACAAUCACACCAGAGUCGACGUUGGAAAGCGCCACGACAGUCCUCAAAGAUGAAUCGAAGUACGGAGAGGCCUUGCACAACUCUCCUAGCGUCAAGCAUAAGAUCGAACUCGCUCCGCACAAGAAGGCAGCACGACCCACAGAGGCGAGAGUCGAGGCGAGGAGACUGAAAGCUCAAUGUUCAUCAAGAUGA